GAAAGAGACAAAGAGUAGCCUGAUACGGAUAAAGGAAGGAGGGGCCAAGCGAACGAAGUGGCCUUAAAAUUGAGAUUGUAAUUGACCCAGAAGUGAAAAGACAGGAAUAUCGGCAGACCCGAUUUAUCACAUCCGGGUCCACAUUACACGCCAACAUCAAAUCGCUUAAUUUCAAAUUUUCAAUGGCCCAUACAGCUGCAGUGAUAAUACCACCUUUGUCGCUCAUGAUAUCGCCUUCAUCUGUAAAUCCAACGGUCAUAGUUCACUUCACACAAACAACAUCGUGUGUACCAGCCGUUGUCAAUACUUUUUCCCCACAUAUAAAAUGCCAAGAGCAAACCCAAGUUGCAUCACGAUCCUCGGUGGUGGUCUGCAACUCGGACUUUACUGUGAUGGCGUCCACACUGCCGGAGAAUCUCACCAGAGAGCAGUACGUGUACCUGGCCAAACUCGCCGAGCAAGCCGAGCGAUAUGAGGAGAUGGUCAAAUUCAUGGAAAAGCUUGUAAUCGGGUGGACCUCCAUGUCGGAGCUCACCGUCGAGGAGAGGAACCUCCUCUCCGUGGCCUACAAGAACGUGAUCGGCUCGCUCCGAGCCGCGUGGAGGAUUGUGUCGUCGAUAGAGCAGAAGGAGGAGAGUCGCAAGAACGAGGAGCAUGUGGCUCUUGUCAAAGACUACAGAUCCACGGUGGAGACGGAGCUCUCCGAGGUCUGUGCUGGUAUUUUGAAGCUCUUGGACUCGCAUCUGAUACCUUCGGCUUCCACAAGCGAGUCCAAGGUGUUUUACAUGAAGAUGAAGGGGGACUACCACAGGUAUUUAGCUGAGUUCAAGGUUGGGAAUGAGAAGAAGGAUGCCGCCGAGGAGACUAUGUUAGCAUACAAGUCUGCUCAGGAUAUUGCUCUAGCUGAUCUGGCCCCGACUCAUCCAAUAAGGUUGGGCUUGGCGCUCAAUUUCUCUGUGUUUUACUAUGAGAUUCUCAAUUCAUCGGAUAAGGCCUGUAGCAUGGCCAAACAGGCAUUUGAGGAAGCCAUUGCUGAGUUGGACACUCUGGGAGAAGAAUCAUACAAGGACAGCACUCUUAUCAUGCAACUGCUGAGGGACAAUCUUACUCUUUGGACUUCAGAUGCUCAGGACCAGUUGGAUGAGCCAUAGGGGAUGUUUUAAAUUGGCCAGUCAUAUUCCUCUCCAGGAGGAGGUGGGCUUUGAAUGUCAUUUUGUUGUGCUGGUGAAACUAUGUUUCUAGAAACAUCAACCUGGGUCAUGAUGUUUCAAUAUUUAAACAAAGUUAUUCUGUUCUAAAGUUCUGAAGAGAUUUUAAACCUGUAGCAUCCAGUGGGAAUAUCAAGUUGUUUCUUUUUUA